GACCGAAAAUUCGACCGGUUUCCGUGAGCGCUCUCGUGGCGCGGCGGUGGCGGCCGAAUGGAAACACUCCUCCCCGUCGUUCGCGAACGGUAAAGCGCCGCGGCGCCGUGAUGCGCCGAACGAGAGCCACGACACGGCACGGAACGGCACGGCACGUCAGAGAGUCGCCGCGGCAUUUGUCGUGCGGUGAUGCGAGAGAAGCGCGCUGCUCGGUGGACCACCGCUAACGGAGCGAAUCGCUAGUGCGCGCGCGUUCAGGGUAGAGCCGGCGUAUCCGACGUGGCCGCUCGUUGUGGAUUCGCGGUUGGUUUCUGUCACGAGUCGUCCGCCGAAAGUCGCGCUAUGACAGGCCUGUCUCGGGCGUCGUAGGUCGUACAGCGUCGUAUCGUGCAUUCGGUCCAGUCGAGCGAGCGGCGGACCUUCAGCGACAUGGCGGGCUUUCGGGACGAGGACAGAGCCCUGUUCCCGAUCCAGAGCAUCUCCGCGAUCGUGCAGAUCUUCAAGAAUCAGCUGGAGAACAGCGCCGAGCCGGAUCUCGCGCUGCUCUCGAUCCUCGUCGGCGCCGUGGAGAAUUCCCUAACCUGCAAUCGCGCCUUCGUCUCUCAAGAGAACGUCGUCUAUGAUGAGCCGAAGUUACCGGCAGUUGAAUACCACAUCGCCGAGGCUCUCUACACCAAGUUCCACGCGGUGAUCAAGGGUGCCGUCGAUCUCACCGUUUAUGACACCAAGUACGCCACCAGAGAACUCGUCAAGAAGGUGUCGGACGUGAUAUGGAACUCGCUCACCAGGAGUUACUAUAAGGAUCGCGCUCAUCUGCAGAGUCUCUACAGUUACCUGACUGCGAACAAGCUGGACUGCUUUGGUGUCGCAUUUGCUGUGGUGGCUGGAUGUCAAGUUUUAGGUUUCAAGGAUGUGCAUCUCGCAAUGUCAGAGGAUCACGCAUGGGUUGUGUAUGGGGAGGAUGGUACAGAGACAGUAGAAGUCACAUGGCAUGCAGGAAAAGGAAACGAAGACAAACGUGGGCAGCCAGUGGAGCCUGGUGUGGCAUCUCGAUCGUGGCUGUAUGUGAAUGGUCAUGCAGUGGUGUGCUCUCGUGCUAUGGAAGUGGCUACCAUAGCGUCGGCCAUAAACCCUAGUCUCAGUGCGACAGCUGAUGCGGCUGAAGUCGCGUUGCUCCAACAGGAGUUGCUGUGGCUGUUGUAUGACUUGGGCCAUUUGGCAAAGUAUCCAAUGGCAUUGGGUAACCUGGGUGAUUUGGAAGAAGCUGCUCCUACACCUGGAAGACCACCAGCCAUAGAUCUCUUCCAGGAAGCCAUAAGAUCAGCGAGGAAGUAUUACGGAAAUGCACACGUCUAUCCUUACACUUAUCAAGGCGGAUAUCUAUAUCGGCACGGACUGCACGCGAACGCAUUAUCAUCGUGGGCAGACGCCGCUGACGUUUUGCGAAAGUACGAUUAUUCACGGGACGAUGGCGAGAUAUACAAAGAGCUAAUAGAAAUCGCCAACGAACUGAUACCACAUACGGUGCGCGCUGACGAGCGGCUGCUACGGCAACCCCGUUGCUUCGCGCACCUGCUGAGAUUCUACGACGCUAUCUGUCAGUGGGAGGAGGGCGCGAACACCCCAGUGCUGCACAUUGGUUGGGCCCGGCCACUAGUGAACACGAUUUCGAAAUUCGACGCCGGUAUACGCGCCCAGGUGGUCAUAGAGUGCUACAGUACGGAGGCCAGGCAGGAAGAACAGGCGGCGCAAAAGAGAGAAACCAGCCCUGAGGAGACACUCAACAACAACAACAACAAUUACUGCAAGACCAAGGAAAGGGGUAAUGCGGCGCGAGAUCUGAUCAAAAGUCUGGAGUCCAAAGUACCAUCCAACCCGGCGCCGACGCAUCCUAGUAUUCAGGCGCUGACGGCAGCCUGCAGCGAGAAAAUACUUAACAGAGACUACUUACUGCAGGGCGGCGGCGAGCCGUUCGUCGCGCCGCCGGACGACGCUCUGCCGCCUGCGCCUUCGACAUCCCAAGAGAACGCCGAUCCCGAGGUGGAGACAGACUCCGAGAACGAGAGGCCGAGGGUAAUAUUAUAUAGUCAGAAGAUGAAAGGUCUCAAGGAUCUGCUGCUGGCGGAGAAGCUCAACACCAGCGCGGUGGUGUUGCAACUAACGGCGCAGAGUCAGGUGCAAAUCGGUAAGAAGUCACGCGGCAGCGAUGACGUGGGUGUCAGUCAGCGUCCCAAAAGGACACGUCGAGAAUAGUAUAAGAUCUUGGACCGACGUUUCGGCAUAGUAAAAUAUUAAAAUAGUGCCACCGGGUUUAAUCGACCCUCCGCGCAACUCGGCGAGUCCAAGUGGGAUUACGUAAUCGAACCGCGUAAUCGACGCGCUGACGUUAAGGUAUACCGACUUCCUCGCUCUCGGUUUCCCGCCGAUGCUCCGGGGCGCAUUACCAUUCUCCUCGGAUAGACUCGUCGGCAUCUCUCGACCCGAGAGCGUCGUGAUGAAUAUCGUGCCGUUUGAUUUAAACCCUCCACGGUGCUCCUCGUUUUGCAACGGCGCCGCGGGUCCUUGCGAGACACGUUUACGUUACCGUCGGGGAUAUGUCGCCGUUAGACAUGUAGAUAAAGUAGAUAUGAAGAAAAUUUGUAGAAAAGUACAAAAAAGUUUUCCCCAUUUUAAGUUAAUGGACGGGGUCGCGAGUCGCCCGCAGCUCGUCACAGUGGACAUCUCCGCGGUUUGCCAUUUUCCCGUUCGACCCGUUACCUCGUUGAAAAGUUCUCAAGUUUCUCGCUCGACAUUGCGUCGUUUGUCCUUCUUCCCCGUUUAUGGCAUUACUUUAUCCGAUGUUGCAGCAUACGAAGUAAAUGGAACUUAGAAAUACUUUCGAGUUUAAUUCCGUUUAUUACAUCUAAACGUUAUAUUUCUUCAAAUGCCUUUCCCACCACGAUAAAUCAAUUUUAUGACGCUUAAUUGGCUAAUAUCCUGCUGCAUAUCGAGAUACUUGAUAUCGGUGAGCUUCCGAGGGCAUCGUGCACGACGUGAAGGAACGACGAAAUGUUCGCGGCAGAAGCGCAAACGUGGAAGUGUCGAGCGGGAAGAGAACGACAGACGAGGAAGUGACUCGCUACCGUCGUAAUUCAAAUAUUGUACGUGUAAAUAUCUCCUUGAUUCUUCCACAGUGCGCAGAGCUGUGACUUGCGGUAAGGGAGA